AUAAACCAGCUCUUCUACAAACACAAAAGCUCAGUUCACAGCUCUCCUUUUGCAAAGUUUUGCCUUUUGGUGUAGUUUGGUUUUGUUUUAGAUUUUUUCAAAAAUGAAUAGUAAUUUGGAGACUCGAUCAUUGCUCCAUGGCUUUGACAAGGGAGGUUUCUUUGAUUUGGGACAUCCUCUUCUCAACCGUAUUGCUGAAAGCUUCGUCAAAGCUGCCGGGAUUGGUGCUGUUCAAGCGGUUGCUCGUGAGGCUUAUUUCACUGCUUCUGAAGGUGAGCCUAUUUUUUUUAUCCGUUUUGCUCCCUUUUUUUUAUUUAUUUUAUAUUUCUUUCACUAUUUCACAUACAAACUUUUUUGUUUAAACCUAGUUCAAUACAUCAUCGGAGUUGUUUUUUGUGGAUACAUAAGCUGUCAGAUGAUUCCUUUUCUUGUAAUAUUUGAUGCAGGGGAGACUAACAGAAAGUCAAUUGAGGCCCUGGUAAAGAGCACCGGAAAAGAGUCCGUUCAAUGGGGACUAGCUGCAGGGAUGUACUCUGGUCUUACUUAUGGAUUGAAGGAGGCUCGUGGAGUCCAUGAUUGGAAAAAUAGUGCUUUGGCGGGAGCAAUAACUGGUGCGGCUUUGGCUUUGACACUGGAGGAUCGUUCUCAUGAACAGGUGGUGCAGUGUGCUAUUACAGGAGCAGCUAUCUCCAGUGCCGCGAAUCUUCUUACAGGAAUAUUCUAGGCUGAUAGUAGAAUUUGUUUAACUGGAGACUUGUUACUACUUUGUUUCAAUGGCGCUGCACUAGGCAUUUUAACUUUUAUAUGCAUGGAUAAUGCUGCUUUCGGGUUGAUUUUGUGGCAUUUUUUGUGCUUGUUAUUAGGGCUAAUUAUAAGGUUUUGAGGCAAAAUAAUAGUAUUGAUGUCUCCCGUUGAGAGAAUUGUGGACGGGUUAGGUUCUUUCAA